CUUCAGUCAUAAGAGUCUUUCAUGUAAUGAAACGUUCAGAUAACUUUAUAGAAUAAAUAAGGGCCUUUUUGGCACAUGAAUCCACCUUUUUUCUUUUCCAUAGAGGUGUGAGAAACGCAUUUCUUGGGUGCCUCAGUGCGUGCCUAACUCCCCCCACAAAACCUGCCUCCCACUUUUCUCUUAACCAUUAUUCAAAGGGAGGAUUAGAACAAAAUUGUCCAUUUCUCAGUUUCAGAAUCCUCCAAGAAUGGCAUUCAACAACAGAGCUAAGAAACCCAUUUCCCCUUCUCAAUCCUAUCUAUGCACCACCCUUUUCUUCGUAGUUCUCUUCACCAUCCCAGCCCUUUUUCUGCUACACGCCCCUACCACCACCUCCAUCUGCAACUCCUUUGCCACCCAUGUCAACACCUGGUCCGGCGAUCUCCGGACUGCCCUGUUUGCAUGGAACCGUCUUCCGUUCAUUGAAGGCCAUCCUCCUCCUAUUCCUCUCAAAAUUGCUGUGUUUUCUCGCAAGUGGCCCAUUGGCACAACCCCCGGCGGCAUGGAGCGCCAUGCGCAUACCCUGCACACUGCUCUGGCUCGUCGUGGUCAUCAAGUUCAUGUCUUCACUUCCCCUCCUCCUAAAGGAAAUUUUCCUAUGCCUGGGAAUCCAUCUUCUUCGCCCUACAUCCAUUUCCAUGAAGGCGAACCAGGCCAGUGGCGCUACAACAAAGCUUGGGAACAGUUUUUGGAAGAGAACCAACGCCAACCAUUCGAUGUUAUUCACUCGGAAAGCGUUGCACUUCCUCACUGGAUUGCCCGUCAGCUUCAAAACCUAGCAGUUUCAUGGCAUGGCAUAGCCCUUGAGAGCUUACAAUCUGAUAUCUUCCAAGACUUAACUCGUAAACCAAAGGAGCCCAUAUCUCCAGCUUUCAACAAAAGCAUACAGGGGGUAGUCCCAAAGGUACUGAAUGAGAUAAGGUUUUUCAAGAACUAUGCCCAUCAUAUUGCCAUUAGUGACAGCUGUGGUGAAAUGCUUAGAGAUGUGUAUCAAAUCCCUAUCAAAAGAGUCCAUGUCAUUCUCAAUGGUGUUGAUGAUGAUAAGUUUGGAAAGGAUAUCAAACUAGGCCAAGAGUUCAGAUCUAAAAUUGGGAUCCCAGAUAAUGCAAGUUUAGUACUUGGUGUGGCUGGAAGAUUAGUGAAAGACAAAGGCCAUCCCCUACUUUUCGAAGCAUUCUCUAAGCUCAUAACAAAUCACCCUGGUGUCUAUUUGAUUGUUGCUGGAUCCGGACCAUGGGAGCAAAGGUACAAGGAUUUGGGGUCCCAAGUCCUAGUUUUGGGGUCCAUGAAUCCAUCAAAACUGAGAGCUUUCUAUAAUGCCAUUGAUGUCUUUGUAAAUCCCACACUUAGACCCCAAGGUCUUGAUCUGACUCUAAUGGAGGCCAUGAUGAGUGGGAAACCUUUGAUUGCUUCGAGGUUUCCCAGCAUCAAAGGUAGCAUUGUUGUUGAUGAUGAAUACGGUCACAUGUUUGCUCCAAACGUGGAGUCAUUAUUGGAGGUGCUGGAAACAGUGGUCGGAGAAGGCUCGAAAAGGCUAGCGCAGAGGGGAAAGGCAUGCCGGGAAUAUGCAGCUUCCAUGUUUACUGCACGUAAGAUGUCAUUGGCAUAUGAGAGGCUAUUCCUCUGCAUAAAAGAUGAAACAUUUUGUAGCUAUUCAUAAGCUAGCAGCUAGCUAUAGAAUUCCUUGCCUUUUCUCUUUUUGCCGUUUCUCCUUUCUUUUGGAAUAUAUAUUGCAUUAAUUUGACAUAACCAUUUUGAUUUGUAAUCUUAGACAUAGCAAGUUUCACAAUAACUGCAGCUUGCUCCAUUGUUUUCUUUCCAUCCCAAAGAACUGGAAUUCCAUACGGAAGUAAUUCAGAAGAGUGAAUCUCAUUAUCUCACUGUAAUAUCCCUUGUCAAUAUGAGCAAGAUCAUAGGCAAAAGAGCUCGAGACGAGGCUCUCGUACAAGUCUUCGACAAAGAUAAAUAGUUAUUUUAUUCUCAAGCUGGGCAUGUAUAAAGUAUACUAUUUAUAUCAUUUAAAUUGUAUGAUUUGAUUUAUAAUA